CCUAAUCUAUGUGUGUGACACAGUUUGGGGUGGAUCGCUACCGAAAGAGAUUCGUGUGUCGUCUUCUUGAGGUGCAUGACGUAACGAGGUCGUUUCCUGGCGCAGUAUUUCUUAGUGGCCAUUUUGUUUUCGACAGCACUGACUGAUUCAGGUGUGUCCGUUCAUCAGUACGGCCCAGCGCAGCACAAUGGACUCAAAGCGGUACGAACGCAGCGGCAGAUCAAAUACCGAAUCACCACCUGCUCCACCCUCGCCUCCCAUGUAUAGCACAGGUUACAGCACGUCACAGCAUGACGGUCAUAAGAAUAGAGGCAACUCGCGGCGCACGCCCUCGCCUAGUACGGACUACCAUCGAGGCAGUAGAUCCUCGCGGAACGACUCGCCGCCUCAGGAGCGACGUAGACGUCGUCGCAGCGGCUCCAAGUCGUCCCCGAUGCGUUCUCACAGACGAUCGCGGUCAUGCGACAAGGAGCGGGACCGAGAUCGCGAUCGCGACAGAGAGAGAUCGCGCAAAUACUCCAGAAGGGACAGAUCGCGAUCGAGAUCGCGCGGUAGAUCCCGCUCGAGAGACAAGAGACGCAGUCGUAGUCGUAAUCGCAGCAGGGAUCGACACAGAUACAGGGAAAGCCGCAGACAUCACACCAGGGCACCCUCGUAUGAGUCGGACGCAUUGGAAAAUCACGGCGAAGGCGCGGGCGCGGCGCUGCAUCAGACGACGAUAGUCGCCCCACAGCCGAAUGCCUUCAAGAACGACGGUAGUUUUAUGGAGAUGUUCAAGAAGAUGCAGGAGCAAAUGCAGCCAGCUGCACAGAAACCCACUACCUCGGUGUUGGAAGAGAAGUCCGUAGUGCCACCGCCGUUGAUGGUAGGCAAGAGGAGAGGCGGUAGGAUCCUAAAGACCGGCAUGGUGGCGAAACCGAAGGCGGAACAGACAGUGGAGCAACCGAAGGACGCGUGGUCGUUGUACAUGGCGGAAGUGAAGAAAUAUCGUGAAGUCUGCUGCCAGGAAGAAGACAAUACGCGACCGUUGGUUAAAUAGCUCGCGAACCUCCCGUGUUAUUUCUUCUUUAUCUUCACUCUGGCUCGUUAUUUUCUUCUACUAUUACUACUACUACUACUACUACUACUACUACUACUACUACUACUACUACUACUACUACUACUACUACUACUACUUCUAAGACAUCUGUAGCUAAUUAUCGUUAAUUAUUAAGAUACCGUGUAAAGGAAUGCUACUCCCGGAGGUGUCUUUUGUUCGUUUCAUUUCGUCGCUAGCUUCGCUAGUUUACUCUCGCAAGUAUAACGAGAUUGUUCCGUGACAAUCCGAAUAAGAGAGACAGAGGAGAAAGAGAGAGAGAGAGAGAGAGAGAGAAAGAAAGAGAGCGAGCGAGAGCGAAAUACAACGAAGAGGGAAAAAAAGUCGGGAGAAGCAGAUUCAUUUUGUGAUAUAGUGUCGUGUGUGCUUUGAGAGA